AUGGCGGCCUCCACUCCGCCCCUGCUCGCGACGCCUCCAGGCAUCACCGGCACCUCCUCGGAGUUCGAGCGCCUGAUGCAGGACACCCCGCCGGAGGCCCCGCGGGGCCACGCCGCCACGCCGGCGGAUUCUCCCACGCCGAGCUGGCAGCACCCCGCGCCGGCCGCGGUCGAGUGCGGCGGGGCGCCGACGGUCCUGGAGGUUUUCCCGCUGGCCACGCCGCACAGGGCCCCGCCAGAGGAGGCGCGCCCGCUGCACGGCUCCCCGGCGCUGCCGGCGGGCCGCCAGCCGAAUGUCACGGCCGCCGCUGCCGCGGCCUGGCCUGCGAGCCCGCAGGGCGAGGCUCGCGCCGCCGGCCUGCAGCGCGCGGCCUCGCCGGCCCGCCUGGAGGGGGCGGACCGCGCCCUCGCCCGUGCGGCGGCCUUGGGGCAGGGCUCUGCAGAGGUGCAGCGCGGCAGGCUCGCCAGCAGCGCCUUCUCGUCGGGCGCCCGGGACGCCGAGACGCCGUGGGCUCUCGCGGAGUUCUCGGGACGCCUCGAGGCUGUCACGCGCGAGAUGCAGCGCACGCUGGAGCACGAAUUCUUCCUGGCGGAGAGGUCGCUGCUCACGCGCCACCGCGCCGACCUCGACGUGCAGAAGGCCAGGGCGGAGGCGACGGAGAGCCAGCAGCAGGCGGCGAUCGACAGGCUGCAGGCCGCUGCGGGUCAGUCACCGAGAGCGCCAGUCGACGCGGCGAUCGAGGUCGACGAGGACGAGCAGGCCGCCAAGGGCGACAUGCGCAGGAAGCGCAGGGGUGGCGUCGCGAGCGACCUGCCCCCGUCCAUGGGGCUAAGGCGCCGCGGGGUUCUCUAUGGGGCAGGCAUCGCAGCUUUUCUUCUACAGUUUCUCGAGCUUGCGAAGUCGACGAUGAAGGCUGCCCCGCAUAACUUUUCGAAACAAGUGAAUCUACGUCUCCCGUUGGCAAGCGGAGCCUCUGACAUCGUCGAGACGUUCGGCGGGAAUUUCCCUGGUGGCAUCGCGCGCGCCGCCCCCGAGGGCCCCCGCUCGCUGCGCCUCGCGCCCCUCGGCGGCAGCCGGACGGGCGCGCGGUCGGCGGUGUCGGGUCAGAUUCGCCGCGAACUCGAGGCGGCAGUCGAGGCCGACGCGCCCCUCGUGGAAGGGGCCAACCGGCUCGCCAAUUGGCACUGGUUGCCCGCGCCUGCCGCUUCGUGGCUCUCGGGCUAG